AUGGAAAAUCAGUCUCCUAAGCCACGGAAAACUGCAGAAGACAUCCCUACACUUAGAAAGCCAAGCCACUUAUCAAGAAAAUGCAUCUUUAUGCAAGGUCAGUGUGCACAAAUAGGGGACAGGAAAUGCACAUGGGGUCCAUCUUACUGGUGCAGUCAUCUGCAUCAUGCAAAAGAUUGUGGUGCAGUACAGCACUGCCUGAACACAGUGUGGGCUAAUCAGAAAGAAGGCAUGAUGGGCACAACAGAAACUUGCUUUGAUGUGAUCAGAGUUAUGGAUGCUGCUCGCAAAUCUGCCAUUUAUGGCGAUAAGGAGCUACUAAAGCACAUGGCUAUGGCUUGCACUGGCUUCCCAGUAGAGAAGCGAGACAAGUGCCAAGAAUUUCUGAACAAUGACCAGAAGGAAUUGCUGCUGCUGCUCAAGAGUGACCUGGUCAGUGAAGGGAACUACUGCACAGACUGUGUGAAUUUUUUUGGUGAUUUGAGGGAAAUCUUCAAUAAUUCUGAGAGUCAGGCCAUAGCCUUGCUGAAACAAGAUGUCUGUGCUACAUUGAAAUAUGAGGAACUGAUCAAUCUUUGCAACCAACUUGUGGAUGCUUACGUUGGUACAGCAUUCAACAUUGUCUACCAGCAGCUGAACCCCCAGGACAUCUGCACCAUACUUAAACUGUGCUCAAGUGAUUCACGAGAUGUACCCAUGGAGAAACUGCAACAUUUUUUUUCAUACAUGAUGCAAGUGCCGAAGGUGAAGAGUGAUGCAGAAUGUGCAAUGUGUCUUAAUGCAACUAAGAUGAUUCAGGACGAACUUCGUGAUGGGAAUAUACAGAAAAAGCUGGAGGAUGUACUUGAAAAUGGCCUUUGUUCAUUACUUCCAACGACAGCAGCAACAGAGUGCAAGUCCUAUGUGGCAACAUAUGCUCCUUUGGUCUUUGAAGUGCUGGUAUCUGAGCUUGAUCCUCAGACAUUUUGUGAUGAAGUCAAAUUGUGCCCUGCACCAGCCAUUCCCAAAAGCAACAUCCUAGCUACUGCAUUGAAAGUGCAAGGCCUACCUACCUGCGCUCUUUGUGAAGAGGUCUUAAAAAGGCUUGAAGAAAUGCUUCCAGAGAAAGCUAUUGAGCAAGAUGUGGUGGCUGCUUUAGAUCAAGUCUGCAGUCGCUUAACUGGGGACAUCAGUGCCAAGUGUAAUGCAUUGGUUCAGGAGUAUGGUCCUAAAAUUAUACAAAUCAUCUUGGCAGAAGGACCAGCUGCUGUUUGCACUGGUUUGGGACUUUGUGUUGGUCAGAAACAUUUGGAAGUGGUUUCUCUUGGAUCACCCCUCACAAAUGUACAUGUCAUGGGGCCAAAAAAGGAAACAAGCAGUGUGGGCUGUACACUUUGUGAGCUUGUUACUACUAAAUUGUAUGAAAUCCUGGGAAAUAACAAAACUGAGUCCGUCAUUGAAAAGGCUUUGGAAAAUGCAUGCAAUGUUGUGCCAGCAGAGUAUGUGGCAGAGUGUACAGCCUACGUGCAGCAGUACACUCAGCUCAUUAUCCAGCUUAUUGAAGCAGGUGCAUCUCCUGAAGUGGUGUGCAGCAAACUUGGCCUCUGUUCACAGAAAGUCAGUGUUCCAGUCAGUCCUGAAAAAAAAAUAAAGGGACCAGAUGUGCUGUGUGAACUGUGUAAAAUCGUUGUUCAGAAAGCAGAAGAAUUUCUACAACAGAAUAAAACAGAGCAAGAGAUUGAGGGAGAAUUGGAUAAGUUGUGCUCACUACUGCCAAGCAGUGAUUCAUGUAAACAGAUGGUUAACGAAUACCUUCCUACAAUAAUCAUACUGCUGAAGCAGGAGCUAACACCAGAUGCUGUUUGUCAACAGCUGUCUUUAUGUACAACUGCAGUCAAUGUUGCAGUCUCUUCUGAAAAAGAGAUGAAAGGAUCAGCUAUAUCAUGUGACAUGUGUAAAAUUUUGGCUGAGAAAGUAGAUAAAGUGCUGGAGCAGAACACAACAGAGGCAGAGAUUACCGAUGUGUUGGUCAAAGCUUGUGGUUUUCUGAAAGGUGACCUUAAUGCUCGCUGCAUUUCUUUUGUUGAUGAGUAUGGGCCCAUGAUUGUAAAAUUGAUUGCCCAGGAGAUUACCACUGCAGAAAUAUGCUACAGCUUGAAGCUGUGCCUUGGCAAGGGAUCUCAAGCAGUAAGACCACAUGUGGCUGCCAGCAGUGGUGAUGACUGUCUGAUAUGCAAGGAAAUUAUUAAUUCUUUCAACCAGGCACUAGAAGAUCCCAGCACUGAGAAGAACAUUGAGGACCUUAUGUUAAGUGGUUGCAACAGCUUGCCUGCUGGAUAUCAGAACAUGUGUAGUGAUCUUGUCCAGAGCUACUUUCCUGAGCUUGUGGCAAUGUUGACUCAGAAUGAUCUGGAAGUGUGCACUAUGUUAAAACUGUGUACUAAUGCUACACAACCUAGCAGACCUGUGCAGAAGUCAUCUCCACUGAUUUUCAAGCCUAUGUCGGAGAUUCGCAAGCCUCUUCUUGGCCAGGAAAAGUGUACCUAUGGCCCGAGUUAUUGGUGUGCAAGCAAAGAGAAUGCUCACCAAUGCAAUGUGCCCAUUGAACACUGCAUUGAAAUGAAGCUGAUGAAGAAAGAUGAUGUUUAAAGAGAUCAGAGUGUUGCUGAAUAACAAAGCUUCACUCCCCACCACCCCACCUUUUCCCCUCCAUCUAAAUAUUUUGAAUUUUGCCUUCAUGAUCUAUCUGCAAAUGCUCCCUUGAUGAUUGUAUUAAAGUUUAUUCCAAGUUUAAAUUUUGAUUUUGCUGUGCUUGUCCCUCUCAUAAUUUUUAUUGACAGUUUGCUCUUCUUAUCAUUUUGAUCUUGCUGUGGACUUUUAAAUUCUCAUCUAUGUAGAUCCUUUUUGCUUUCUUUUUUCUUUUUUUGGGCUACCGCCAUCUGUGGAUGUUUUUGAAGGCUUUCUCACAUGAUCUUAUAGAUUAUUUGCAAGUAGUAUCUCCGGUAUCAACUUAAUCUCACCUAUGAUGUGAUGAAAAUACUUUUAAAUGUUGAGUACCUGUUCCAAGUGACUUGUGUAUUAUUUGGGAAACAGAGUGAAUACCAUGGAGAUGAACAUAAUAUUAAAGUACAAUACAAAAUGUAAAGAUAACCAUUUGCUUUUUCUUUACCAUAUUUAGUUUUUCCUAAGGAUAGAAGCAAGUAAUUGUUGCUCCAAGACUCAAAUGCAAUUUUAAUUUUCUUGCAUAGUUAUACUGAAUGUGGAUGUGAUUCCAGUUAGAUGGGAAACAUCUUGAUGUGGAUAUCUUAGGUGAUAUCCCUUAUUCUUUAUAUUAUAUGCUCAGUGUUUUUCCUAUUUUGUGCCAUAUUGACCAGAAAAAUAUUUACUCAAUAAAAAGUAGUAUUAAGUAAACAAUGGUCUAUUAGGUGAAUUGACUGUGAUUAGUUAUAUAAUAGUUUUUUGUGGUUUGCUUAUGGCAAUAAUUAACAUAUACAGUUCUGAGAAGUGUUAUAUAUAAUUCAUAUAAAAUACUUGUUUUUUAUUUUUUUAGUAUCAAAUAGUCUGUUGUAAACAGUCAUGCCUGAAGAUCAUUCAGCAUUUGGUGACAUUGAUGAAUUUGUUAUUGUGAUCUACAUAGAUGAGCAGCCAUUAAAAAUAGCAAUGUUUACUAAUAUUGCAAACUAGCUGUUAAAGGAGCAUUGGAAAGAUCUGGUCUGGUGACAAAGAUCUGAAGCCAUUUGCAGAUCUGUUUUUUCUUAUAGGUUAGCUAUAUAAUCCUUACAGGAAAUUCUCGUUACAGGAAUCUCAGUUAAGGCCAAAAAUUGGGAAUUUUUAUAGGUUUUCUUCAUUUCUUGAAAUUUUAAGGCUAUUCUUUGCUUUGAAUAGCUGACUGUUGUCCACUUUCUAGCUUUCAUUUGUGCUGCAGGAAAUUAAUGAAGCAUUAGCAUUUCAACUUCAACUUGUUACCAUACUCUCAGAAGCUGUAAAAACAUUUCAGAAAUAGCUCAACAGAGGAAGAAGACAAUGGAAUAAGACUGAACCAGAAUUAAAUAAGCUGGCAAAUUUAGAUAGGUUAAGACUGCUGGUGGUGAUUAGUGGUAAUGAAGGGAGAUCUGUAUAACUGAUUAAUCUACAUAUUAAAUUUUCUUGAGAUUAUUAAAGGAUUUUGCCGUGUGAUCUGUUGUAAAAAUGGAAUUACUUCUGUUGGAAAUAUUUUUGUUUCAGUAGAUACUUUUAGUCGGCAUGUAUUCUUUCUCCUUUUAAGAGAAGCUUACAGGUGCCUUUUUUUUUUUCUUUUUUGGUUGAAAACCUAGAACAAUCUUGGAUUUGUAGUAGAAAUAAAAUGACAAUGAUAACCCAUUGUAGUGACAGUUAACAUGAAGGGGAAACUAAGAAUUUUUCAUUUUCAGGUUGUUUGACCUGUGACUAAUUAAAGAAAAUUAACAAUACUAAAGGAUAAACGGUUUUGCGAUUGGGCCUAAUUUGAAGACAUGCUGUGGUCCAUUUAGGUGAAAUGCAAAUGUGAUAUAUAGUUUACGUACUCCGAACUCUUUGAUCAUCAUUCUUCCAUUGUAAAUUUAAGCUCUUUGUGAUGUUGGUCAGGAAACCUGCCAAUGAUAGCUUAUAUUGUGCUGCUUUUGGAAAAUAAACAUUCCUUAAUUUUUCAAA